AUGAAACCCAGAGAGGCAAACAUUGGCCAGGAUAAAAAAAAGAAACAAAAGUCUACCCGACAAGAAGCAAGGGACAAAACUCUCGCCAAAUUAAAAGACACACUUUCACAAAAGAGGUCUCUGCAAGCAUCUGAAGAGUUGUUCAGCAGCUCUGACGAUUGCCAGACACCUGUUCGCAAGAAAAGAAUGCGGAUACAGCAGUUCUCACCGCAGCCCAGUUCAGAUGAUACAGACAUUGGGAGCCCACCCCCUUUGCAGAUUACAGGGACUGAUGCUCAAGAUAACGCUGUGCCAUCAAUGGCAGAGAUUAUCGGGUGUCUUCGUGAACUCCCAGAGACACUGCGAUUAAUGAAGGAGUGUGUGGAGAAAAUGCUGAUGGUGAUGGUGAUAGUGAAGUGGUAG